AUGGUGGCGGGAUCGUCAUCCUCGUCGUCGUCCUUGUCUUCUCUGACAUCCUACGGCGGUUUGUCGGAGGAUGCCGGCGGCGUGAAGGGAGGCGGCGGCAGUUCCACCGUGGUGAAGUUCCUUUGCAGCUAUGGUGGCAAGAUCCUCCCGCGCUAUCCCGACGGGAAGCUCCGUUAUGUGGGGGGAGACACCAGGGUUCUCGCCGUCGAUCGCGCCCUUUCCUUCUCAGGUCCGCGCCCCCUCCCUCCUGGACUCUUUAUUGUAUUGCAGAUCUUGUUCCAGUUUGUGAGUUUUCAUUUAUUGUUAACUUCGCGGGAGUAGAUGUUGGUAGAUGUUUGAGGGAGAGGCUUUUAUUAGGGUUUUGUUAGACAGUUUAUUCUCUCAUUCAGUUCCUCUGUGAUGUGGAUGGGAACACGUCUCCGGAGAAGUGCCGUUAUCAAGGGGUUUUGCAUAUAUUUAUAUAAUGAUUUAUGUAUGAUUCCUUGAUCUCUGUAUUAACGUACGUUCUCCGGUGCUGUUUAUGGAUGGCAGAGCUAUCGGCGAAAAUGGCGGAGCUCUGCGGAUGGGGGGUACCAGUGAGUCUGCGGUGCCAGCAUCCGACGGAGGAUCUCGAUGCGCUCGUUUCCGUCACCUCUGACGAAGAUCUUGACAACCUCCUGGAGGAAUACGACGUCGCUGGCCGGGACAGGGACUCCCAGCACAAGGUCAGGGCCUUCCUCACCCCGCUCCACCCGCCGGCGGUAGCGAAGUACCCAGCUACACCUACUUUGUCAGCCAGCAAGGGGAAGAGCCCCUUCGUUCCCUCAGCCACCGCCCGUCCCGUCCACAUCCAACAGCAACUGCAGAAUCUCUCCUUAAUUCCUCCCUCCUCCUCCCCAAGGCUUCCCUUCGGGCCCCCAGCGGCCGUUUGCUAUGGCCACCGACUUUACCACCGCCAAGAUCUCCACCAUCGCGCCUGCAUCAUCCAUGGCGGAUCCAGUGGCUGCCCGGGCGCUUCAUCCUACAGGUAUCACCACCAUCAGCAGCAUCCCCAUCUGAUUCACCUCGGGAAACACUGGCAGUAA